AUGUCUUCCAAACUCCAAUCCCAGGCAAAAUGGGAGACCUCUUUCCCAGGCUUCCUCCACAGGCAACUCAUCGCUCGUCUCCCCGCUACUCCCCCAUCAACAAACUUCGCCAACAAGACAGCAGUCAUCUCAGGAUCCAACACUGGUCUUGGCUACGAACUUGCCCGUCAGAUGCUAUUUCUCCAACUGCCGCAUCUGAUCCUCGCCGUGCGCUCACAGUCAAAAGGCGAGAGCGCUGCGCGAAUCUUGCGCACGGAGUUCCCCAACGCUACUGUGGAGGUCAUGAUACUGGACAUGACCGAUCCCUCAUCCGUCGUGCAGUUCGCCAAGGACUGCGAGAAGUUACGGCACCUGGACAUUGCCAUUCUCAACGCGGGCGUGCAGCUCGUCGCAUACGCCCAGGCAGAAAAGACCAAGCACGAAUUGUCGUUGCAGGUCAAUUACUUGUCCACCGUCCUGCUCACAUCUCUGCUGGUGCCCAUUCUCACCACGAAAAGACGAGGCCCUGCACCAGCACGCCUAACAGUGGUGGGGAGCGACACCAUGUACUGGGCGAAACUACCAGCGUCCCUGUGGGACCUCGAUUCCCCCACGUCAGAUGCCAGCGAGCAAUACAUGAAGACCAAGCUUCUCCUUCAGCAAGGUAUAACAAGACUCGCCGAGAGCGUUGACCCGGAUUAUGUCAUUCUCAACGUAGCCAAUCCUGGUUUCUGCAAGGGCACCAACAUGGGGACAAGCGCUGCUGAGGGCAUUGGCGCGUUGCUGUUUGGAUUGUUCAAGAAGGCCGUAGGGCGCAGUAUCCAGGAUGGUGCAAGGGCUAAUCUGCUCGCUGCGUUGGCUGGGGAAGAGUCGCAUGGCAGCUUUGUGAGCGAGGGCGUGAUCAAGCCGUGGCCUAAUUGCAUGUACACAAUGACAGGACGGGCGGCGGGUGAGAGGAUCUGGGACCAGACUGUGGAAGAGCUGGGGUUGACAUUGGGGUCCAAGAACUGA